AUGGAAACUGAACGUUCCGGUGCAACCUCGAUAGAUUUCGAGACCGGUGAAGCGAAGACAAAUACUACCACAAAGGAUGAGGAAAACGGGGUAAAUGGUGUGGUGAGCAAGGAUCGUGAUGACACCGUGGAGGAUUCGCUGACGUGUGGAUGGUUGAACAUACGCCCGUCUUGGUUACAGCGAUUCAAUAAGGCGCCAUGGUUGGCGUCAGCAAUCAGCGCACUUAUGUUCGUCCAGGGUCUGACAGUGAAUGGAUUCGUUUACAUCAAUCUCUCCACGAUAGAGACGCGAUUCGGACUUCCUAGCGUCGCGACGGGGUUACUAGUGAGUACGUACGACCUCACUGUAGUACUGCUUAUUACGUUUGUGUCUUACUUCGGAGCAACUCGAAAUAAAGCCCGGAUGUUGGGAAUAGGAGCGGUCAUCAUGGGAUGCGGCUCUCUGUUGUGGGCAGUGCCACAUUUCACCACGGGACUCUACGAAUACGACACGGCAUAUGAAGACAAGGCAACCCUGUGUUACCCCCAAGCUAAUUCGUCUAUCUCCACAGAUUGUGAUGACGGUUGGCAUUCGUUGUCGUAUUACUUCAUUGUGUUUGUAUUCGCCCAAAUUCUUCACGGAAUCGGAGCUUCGCCGAUCUACACUGUCGGGUACGCCUACUGUGACGAAAAUGUGAGCCAUAGGAAAUCGUCGUGGUAUACCGGUAUAUUGAGUGCGUUCUCCAUUUUUGGCCCCACUACUGGUUUCCUGUUAGGUGCUAUAUUUCUCAGCAUAUGGACGGAUGUUAUGUAUGCAGAUGAUACGAACACCCCUGAACCAGUUAACUUAACCCACCCGUGUAAUGAUCACUGUAACUGUGCUGGAACGGAGACUUACUCACCUGUGUGUGGCAGUAAUGGACUUGUUUAUUUUGACGCGUGCUAUGCUGGGUGCCUGGAAACAGACGCUGAAGAAAAAAUAUACUCUAACUGUAGUUGCAUCGACACAGACCCAGCAACAGAGGACGCACGAAGUGACCCUUGUCCAACGGAUUGCUGGCAACUUCCUGUAUUUUGCGUGUUUUUCUUUCUAAUUAUGUUCCUUGGAUUCUUGCUAUUGACGCCAAACACAGUGCUUACUCUCAGAUGUGUAUCAGAUGCUCAGCGAGCGCAUGCGUUGGGAAUUAGUUCCAUCAUAUACAGGGUAUUUGGUACUAUACCAGGACCAUUGAUCGUCGGUGUCGUCGUUGACAGCUCAUGCCUUAUAUGGCAAGAAGUAUGUGACGACACCGGAAGUUGUUGGAUUUAUGACAAUUAUAUGUUUGGGAUGAAAUUUUUCGUUCUCGGUUUCAUUGCGUUUGCCAUAUGUACCCUACUUUUAGGUAUUUCAAUAAUAGUGUACAAACUACCGCCACCAGAGGAUAAACGUUCACCGGAAAAAGUCGACGAAGAUCAGGACAUGGCCACAAUUAAUCCAGUUCAGUCAAUGGAGCAAGAGACCAAAUCGGCAACAAUGAAUCGUCAAGUUAGUACUGUGUCGUUGCUGGGAUACACUAGACACGACCAGGAAAUCCAAGACUUAAAAGAUAACAAAUCUUGA